CGGGCCGCUGGUCUGAGCGCAGCGGCUAUGGCAGCGGCGGAGGAGGCGGAUGGGGGGAGCCCGUCCGUGCUGUUCCUGCACCCGGACCUGGGGCUGGGCGGCGCGGAGCGGCUGGUGGUGGACGCGGCGUUGGCGCUGCAGGCGCGGGGCUGCCGGGUGCAGAUCUGGACGGCGCACUACGACGCCGGGCGGUGCUUCGCGGAGACCCGCGGCCUGUCGGUGCGGCAGGCGGGCGGGUGGCUGCCGCGCAGCCUUUGGGGCCGCGGACACGCGCUGUGUGCCGCCCUGCGCAUGGCCUUCGUGGCGCUCUAUAUCCUGCUGCUCAGCGGAGAGUGGGCCGACGUCUUCGUCUGCGACCAGGUGUCUGCUUGCAUUCCUGUACUCAGACUGGCCAGAACUCGUAAGAAGGUUUUGUUUUACUGUCACUUUCCUGAUCAGCUUCUGACCAAGAGAGAAUCUGUCCUAAAGCGCAUCUACAGAUUACCGCUAGACUGGCUAGAAGAGUACACGACUGGCAUGGCAGACUGUAUUGUUGUGAACAGCAGGUUUACCGCCAGUGUGUUCAAGGACACAUUUAAGUCCUUAUCUCACAUAAACCCAGAUGUCCUCUACCCAUCGCUCAACAUCAGUAGCUUUGAAACGGUUGUUCCUGCAGACACAGCUGACCUGAUACCAAAAAAGAAAAAGUUCUUGUUUCUUUCCAUUAAUAGGUAUGAGAGAAAAAAGAAUCUACCAUUGGCUCUUGAAGCUUUGCGUGAGCUUCGAGGAAGACUUGAUUCUCAUGAGUGGAAUGAAGUUCACCUGGUUAUGGCAGGUGGUUAUGACAAAAGAGUUCUGGAAAAUGUGGAACACUAUGAAGAGCUGAGGAGACUUGCAGCCAGGCUUAAUGUUAAUGACCAUGUCACUUUUCUGAGAUCCUUCUCAGAUGAACAGAAAAUUGCUCUUUUUAAUAACUCUGUAUGUGUGCUUUACACACCAAGCAAUGAACAUUUUGGCAUUGUCCCUCUGGAGGCAAUGUAUAUGAGGUGUCCAGUUAUAGCAGUUAAUUCAGGUGGUCCUUUAGAAUCAGUCUUGCAUAAUGUUACAGGUUUUUUGUGCGAUCCUCUGCCAACACAAUUCUCUGAGGCUAUGGAAAAAAUUGUAAGAGAUCCUCUCUUAAAGAACACAAUGGGAACAGCUGGGAGAGCCAGAGUUACGGAAAAAUUUUCCUCAGAAGCAUUCAAGGAACAGCUGUACCAAUACAUAUGCAGAUUAACACAAUAAAAUUAUAUUCCCAUUUUA